GGUCAAUCAAUCAAUCUCCUCCCUAGUUCGCGUAAUGGACGUAUGUCGUACAGACGCAACGCAAAGCAAACUUUGUCGUUUGAUUGUAUUUAACUUUAUUUGAAACUGGUGACGGUUUUGGCAUAAUGGAAGCUGUAGAAGAGCCUCCACUUAUUAAUGCUGCAGUGGACGGCAUGAAAGUAACGGUAGUGGUCGAUGAAAACGACGAAAACGCUGUGGCUUCGGUAGCAUCGGAUGUAUGUCACAAAUCAAACGGAGUUGCCGAUUCGGAGACUGCAGAAGUCGCCGCAGUUGAAAGCAAUACUGCGCCCAGCGAAGACGGAAAAUGUGAAAUUGAACAGUCAACGGACGUGAAACAUGAUUCGCAAGAAAAUGAUAAAGUACCGGCGGCAUCUGAUGUAUCUGAACUAGAUAGUAGCACCGCGGAGGUAGUUGUUAGCGAUGCUCCAACUAACAAGGAGGUUACUAAUGAUCCUUCGCCUGACAUUGCUGAAGCAGUGAAAGAGCAAAUUGAGGAUAAAGACACUGUGAAUGUGGAUAAUAAUACAGGCACAGCAGAAACACAAUUAGAGGAAUUGGCUGAAGUUGUCAAAACUGAUCCAUCUAUAGAAAGAGUCACUUUUCAAACUGAAAUUUUGGUUGAAACAAAUGACAGUGAGAUCAUUGAAACUAUUACUGAAGAGGUUAUUGAAGAUCAGGAUUCCAACAACUUACUUAGUGAACUUGGUCAUGGUAUUGAAUUAAGUGAAGCUUUACGCUCAUCAAAUGUCACUGAUAGUGCAGAAAACAACAAUUGUGCUGUGAGACAGGAAGUGUUCAAUAAGGAGGAAUUAUUGGACAUCUUGGAAGGCAAUGAUGAGGGACAACCUGGAGACUUACUGCCACCCAAUUUUAAAAACAGGCGUUCUGAUAAAAUGUUAGAAACACAAAUAGCUUUGCAACAACUUUCAAGAUUGAAAGGGAAAAAAACUAAGAGGCGGCAUUUUGAUCGUCAGCCUAGAGCCCAGAAAAUUGUGAGAACUGAUAAAGUUCAGAAGGUAGUCACACAAGAGCCUGUUGAAGAUGAAAAGGUUUCUUCUGAAAAGAAGAAUGAGGAAAGUAUAGUCAAUGUAUUGGUCAAAGAGUGGGAUGAUGAAGAAGCCCCUGAAGUUGAAAAGUCAAAGAAGUUGUUAGAGGAAAGUGAACAGUUGUUGCAAAGUACUGAAGAAGUUGUAAAAACACAAGACACUGUCUGUAAAGAAGAAGAAGUAUCUGUUCGAACCUCAAUUGAUUCCUCAAGUGAAGCUAAAACUCCAGCUUUAAACAAAAGCAGUGAUGAAGGUCAGCCACAACGAAGGCUUGGCAGAGUUAUAAAGAAGAAAGUUAUAUUUGACCCAGAUAAUCCUGACACCUUUACAAAAAGCAAAUCUGUUUUAAAGAGCAAAGAACCUAGCAUGGAAAAAGAUCAAACUCCAUCCAAAAUACAAAAAAUUAAGACUGAACAAGCUUUUCAGAGGUCCAAAUCUAAGUCACCCACGGCUAAAUUGCAAUGGAAAAAGCCUUCUCCUAAAAACUGCAAACAAAAUAAGCGUCUGACUGAAGUUGACAAGUUACUAAUGGAUGAAGGAGCUGUAAAUAUGAUUUAUCAACUCACUCCUGAGGCUACAAAAGGGAAAAAGAACAUGAAAACCAAAGCAGAAUUCAUCAAAAAGUUACAGAGCUCUACACCUGAUUCGAAAGAAAUGAAAUUUCGAGAAAGAAAAAAAGAAUCAAAGUAUGAAGAUGGAGAAGCUAAGAAAAUUCUCGGUGGCAAGCAGAGACCUUCCCUGAGUAGUUCGGUCAAAUCACCCUCAGUAUGUGAAGACUUUGAGGCGCACAGUGCUGAUGAUUCCAUUAUUUAUAGACGGCAUUCAUCAAGUUCUUAUUCCAGCUCUUGCAUGAGUCCACGCCGGCUAAGUGAUGUGGAAGCUAGCAAUCAGGGCAGCUCUCGUAAUUCUUCACAAAGUGCUCAGGUUGAUAAUUCAAUGCAAGCAAGUAUUGAAGGCAAUAGCAAUCGCUCUACUGCUGAUGUGUUCAUGUCGGAAACAGACCCCAUCAGGACUGACAUUAUAAAUAAAGAUGAUUGUUUGUCUAUAAAACAGAAACUUAAUUCCAAAUUAAAUCUUGCCCUAAAUAAGAGAAAGCGGGAGAAUUCCAAACCUGAAAAACCAUUAAAGAUAAAAAAAGUUAUGAAAAUUGAUGAAAAUAAUUCUGUAAAUACUGAAGAUUUUAAAUACUUAUCCAUUAAUUUUGAUCAAAGACUAGCUGAAAUAAGUGUACAGAAACCAGGGACCAAAUGUAAUGUGGAGCUAAUAAGGGAGUUAGAGAAAGCCUUACAGUUGAUAGAACUAAAAAAAGACAUAUCAGUGACUUUAUUACCAUCUGAAUGUGGGACUACAUACUCAGAGUUAGAUUUACGACCACUGUUGGAUGCUAAUAUGGAAAAAUCAACAAACUUUGCAUAUGAACUGGCUGAAUCUAUAAAGUCCCUUUUGCAAGCAGUGGAACAACACACGAAGCUCAUAUGCUCAGGAGUUAGUGGUAGAUGUUCCGGCAUCGGUCUAGCUCUGAUAGGCUUGAGCGAUGUGGCGUUAGCUUCGGAGCGCGCAAGCUUUGCUAUCAGCCCCAAGUCACACGGUGCGGCGGCGCCUAUACAGCCAGGAUUAUCAGUUUUCACCUCAAAUGCACCCCUCUCACAACCUUUACUAAACGACCUAAUCGUUUUCGGGCGCCGGCUGACCGCUGCGGAGGCGUUGCGCGGUGGUCUGGUGAGCCGCGUGCUGUGGCCUGACAACUUCAACGAACAAAUCCACACUAUCGCUAAAGAUAUCGCUGCUCAACCUGCGCAAAACAUCUGGUUAAAGAAGCAAUUACUGAAUAUGAAAAAGGGUGGGGCGGAGUCUACAUUCCUGGCGUAUUUAGAAAAGGAACGGGAUCUACUCGUAGAGUAUUGGACCUCUGUUGAAGGGCAGGAGAUCAUUCGCGCCGCAUAUACCGCCUAAACUUUUUGUUUUAACACGGUCAAAACAAUAAUUUUAUUGUGACUCGCUAUUAUUUAAAAAAAAAAAAAACUGUUCAAAUAUGACUCCAUUCAAUUGGUUUUUAAUACUUUUGUAACUAAAAAUAUACAAAAGAAAGCUAAUAAGAUUAAAAUAUAUUCAUGAAUUUUGUUUUAAGAUAUACGUGUUGUUGUUGGUAAAAUAUAAAUUGGCUGAACUUUAGUAAUAUGACCAGCUGUCAGACUGACAUCAAAAUUACUGUUACUGUAGGUAGUAUGAGUACGAGCCCUAAGGGGUAAGGUAUUGUGUAAAGACUGCUAUCAAUGAGAGGGUAAGAAAAGUAGUGUGAAUGCAUUAAAAGUUUACAUGGAGUGGUUUGAUUUUUGUCUAAAACAGAUUGAAUACUUGGUGUUAAUUAAAUUUGAAUCAUAGAAAAAUUAUGUUAUGUUAUAGAUUAAAUUGUUUAUGUCCUUGUUUUAGAUUUUUUGAGUUUAUAAGUUAAGGUUUAGCAUAAUUUUCUUUACAGCCAAAGUUCGCAUUCACGGCUUUAUUUACAAACAUUUCUGCAAAAUAAAUUUUGAUUAAUGUAAUGACACGUUAUAGGUCAUUGAAAAAUAAAACAGAGGUUUUAUUUGCGUGGAUAGAUAUGUAAGACUCACUACAGGGGCUUAUAAGUUUUCCGUGAAAGGUCUUGAUAUUAAUGUUAUGUAAAUAGAGCAGUAAAUGUUAUUUCAUAAUAAAAUCUCUGCCCUCGGUUAUGUGUAUUACAGAUUACACUUAGUAUUUUCAUUCCAUUUACAUGGAAUAUGAGUUAUGAAUGUACUGUAAUGCAUACUUAUGUUUCGAUUCAAAAUAUUGUUAAAAUUACGUGUUCUUAUAUAAGUGUACCUACCUAGUGGUAAUUUAUUUCUUUUUCUUUAAAAUAAAGUGCCUUUUAUAAUAUCGAACUCUAUAUAUUUUGAUUGUAUACUAAAAAUGUACUAUAAUAAAUUUAUAUGAAAUAAUAAGUAGUACCGAAACUAUGAA